AUGUCUGCUGCCAGCAAUCUGCAGUCUGAAGAUCGCUUUCUGUGCUCCAUCUGUCUGGAUGUGUUCACUGAUCCGGUCACCACAUCAUGUGGACACAACUUCUGCAAAAAAUGCAUCACUAAAUAUUGGGAUGUUAAUGUGAAAUAUUUCUGUCCCAUGUGUAAAACGGGAUUCAGGAAAAGACCUCAACUGAAAGUCAACACCGUCAUCUCUGACAUGGUUGCUCAGUUCAGACAUGAACCUCAGUGGAAAUCCUGGACAGAUCAUAAAAAUCACGAGUUUGUUCCUCUGAGAGAAGAAUAUGAAGGAAAGAAGGCAGAGCUGGAGAAGACAGAGGCUGAGAUUCAGCAGAUGAUCCAGAAGAGACGACUGAAGAUUCAGGAGAUCAAAGAGUCGGUGAAGAUGAGUAAAGAUGCUGCAGACAGUGAGGCAGAAAGAGGUGUUCAGGUCUUCACAGCUCUGAUGGAGUCUGUUGAGAGACGCCUGAAGGAGCUCAUAAAGGACAUUAAAGAUGAACAAAAAUCUACAGAGAAACAGGCUGAAGGUCUCAUCAAAGAUCUGGAACAGGAAAUCUCUGAGCUGAUGGAGAGAAGCUCUGAGGUGGAGCAGCUCUCACACUCUGAAGACCACCUCCACCUCCUCCAAAGCUUCUCCUCCCUGAAAGCUGCUCCACCCACCAAGGACUGGACAGAGGUCAGAGUCCGUCCACCAUCAUAUGAGGGGACAGUGGUGAAAGCUGUGGCUCAGCUGGAGAAGACAGUCUGGAAAGACAGGCAGCAGCUGAUUGACGCUGCAAUGCUGAAGAGAGUCCAGCAGUAUGCAGUGGACGUGACUCUGGAUCCUGAUACAGCAAAUCCUUAUCUCAUCCUGUCUGAUGAUGGAAAACAAGUACGUGAUAGUCAUGUUUGGAAGAAACUUCCGGACAACCCAAAGAGAUUUACAUAUUAUCUUAUGGUUUUAGGAGAGCAGAGUUUCUCUUCAGGCAGAUUUUACUUUGAGGUUCAGGUUCAAGGAAAGACUGAGUGGAUUUUAGGAGUGGCCACAGAGUCGAUCAACAGGAAGGGAGAAAUCAGACUGAGUCCUGGGGACGGUCUCUGGACUGUAUGGCUGAGAAAUGGAAAUGAGUAUGAAGCUCUUGAUGCCCCUCCAGUCCGUCUCUCUCUCCGGUCUGGUCCUGAGAAGGUGGGGGUGUUUGUGGACUAUGAGGAGGGUCUGGUCUCCGUCUAUGACGUAGAUGCUGCAGCUCUGAUCUACUCGUUCACAGGCUGCUCCUUCACAGAGAAACUCCUCCCAUUCUUCAGUCCCAGUAAUACUGAUGGUGGUAAAAACUCUGCACCUCUGAUCAUCUGUCCUGUCAAUAAGACUGCCUGA